UGUGGCCUACAACUAAACCUAACAACCCAAUUCAAAUGAUUUCGCACUACCAAAAUAUAAUCAACAAAUUGAGUAGACUUUCAAGAAAUUAAGUAGACUCAAACAAAGACUUCCAUAAAAAUAAAACAACCCACUAAUUGAUCCAAAAAGCAACGUUGCUUUUCGGAGACAUUUGGAAUCCGCCAUUGAUGCUCUCGGAUACAUUUGGAAUCCGCCACUAUUACAAUCCACAACUGCUGCUGCCUCCUUAACGCAAUCCAGAAAUAAUAAAUAAUGAGUCGUACACGAAAUUAUUGCAUACAAUGAUGUCGGCGAAGCUUCUUCGUAACCGCUUAUUUUAGGGUUCCAGAAAAUCAUCAGUGUUUUAUCUCAUGAUUUCGUACGGUUAAAAUAAUUUGAUUUGAGUUUGAUGGGGGGUAAGAGUUCAAAAGAGGGGAGUUACAGGCAUUCGUCAUCGUUUCAAUCGGGUUCUUCGUCGUUUACCGGAAGCCAGUAUGGCAGUAGUCCUCAACAAUCUUAUUCAUAUCCACCACCACCACACUAUGCUGCUCCUGUUCAGGAGGCUUAUCCGGCGUAUCCACAGCACUAUGCUGCUCCUUUUCCUUCGACCGUUCCUGCACCCGCUCCGGCUCCGGCUCCGUCUAGACCGCAGAAGAAGCUUGACCGGAGGUAUUCCAGAAUUGCAGAUAAUUACAGUUCUUUGGAACAGGUGACUGAAGCACUUGCGCGUGCAGGGCUUGAGUCUUCUAACCUUAUUGUUGGUAUUGACUUCACUAAGAGCAAUGAAUGGACCGGUUCAAGGUCUUUCAACAGAAAAAGUCUACAUCAUAUUGGAGAUAAUUUGAAUCCAUACGAGCAAGCAAUAACAAUUAUUGGGAAAACAUUAGCUGCCUUUGAUGAGGAUAAUUUGAUUCCAUGUUUUGGUUUUGGUGAUGCUUCAACACAUGAUCAAGACGUUUUCAGCUUUUAUUCAGAAGAGAGGUUUUGUAACGGUUUUGAAGAAGUAUUGAGUAGGUACAGAGAAAUCACCCCGCACUUAAAGCUUGCAGGACCAACAUCAUUUGCUCCAGUCAUUGAACAGGCGAUGACCAUCGUUGAGCAAAGUGGGGGCCAGUAUCAUGUGUUAUUAAUUAUCGCAGAUGGGCAGGUAACAAGAAGUGUUGAUACGGAGCCUGGUAAUUUGAGUCCACAAGAACAAAGAACCGUAGAUGCCAUAGUUCAAGCAAGCAAACUUCCACUCUCGAUCGUAUUAGUUGGAGUUGGAGAUGGGCCUUGGGAUAUGAUGAGAGAAUUCGAUGAUAACAUCCCCGCUCGAGACUUCGAUAAUUUUCAGUUUGUCAAUUUCACGGAAAUCAUGUCGAAGAAUGUGCCUCCAAUGCGGAAAGAGACGGAAUUUGCUCUAUCAGCUUUGAUGGAAAUUCCUACUCAAUAUAAAGCAACAAUCGAACUUAAUAUACUAGGCGGCCGGAAAGGAAUUUCUCCGAACAGGGUUGCUCUUCCUCCACCGAUUCAUUCUGCAUCCUCUUAUAGCAGCUCAAAACCGUCACAUUCAAGUAGCUUUCAGAAGGGCUCACAGUUUAACUAUGGUCAAACUAGUCCCGUUUCUUCUGCUGGGUCCUACUAUGAUCAAAUGAGUUCUCAAAGUCCGGCUCCACCCGCUUCAAAUUCUACAUAUGACAAUCAGGUAUGUCCCAUUUGCCUUACUAACCAAAAGGACAUGGCAUUUGGCUGUGGCCACCAGACUUGUUGCGAGUGUGGACAAACUCUUCAGUUGUGCCCUAUAUGCCGAAAAUCAAUUGAAACUAGAAUAAAGCUCUACUAGAUCUGCGAUGUGUUUAUUUUCCGUAUGGUUCUAACUUCUUUUGGUGCAAGAUGUUCUUUCUGUGUUUGGUGAAAAAAUAAUUGUUUGCGUGAGUUGUUUUGUGGAUUUGUAAAUGAAAGUCAAUGUCGUUGUACAGCCGUCGGUUUGGAUUUUUAUUUAUUUUAUUAAUGGUAUUUGAUUUGAUUCUUUCGCCAUUUUGGCAGGA